AUGGCUCGCCUUCUCUUCCGUCUUCUCGGAGAAUCCAACUCUCCAUCUCCGCCGGUAGAUUCCUCCACCGCCGCUUUGAAUUCCGAUCUCGUCGUCAUCCUCGCUGCUCUUCUCUGCGCCUUGAUUUGCGUUCUCGGUUUAAUAGCUGUUUCUCGAUGCGUCUGGCUCCGUCGUCUCGCAGCCGGAAACAGAACAGCCUCCGUAUCUCAAGGCGGUUCCGGCCAAUCUCCUUCACCGCCGGUCGCAGCGGCGAACAAAGGACUUAAGAAGAAAGUUCUCCAGUCUCUCCCCAAGCUUACUUUCUCGCCGGAAUCGCCGUCUUCGGAGAAAUUCGCCGAGUGCGCGAUCUGCCUGGCGGAAUUCGCCGCCGGAGACGAGCUCCGGGUUUUGCCGCAGUGUGGUCACGGAUUCCACGUGGCUUGCAUUGACACGUGGCUCGGGUCUCACUCGUCUUGCCCUUCUUGCCGUCAGAUCUUGGUGGUUGCCAGGUGUCACAAGUGUGGCGGUUUGCCCGGGAGCUCUAGCUCCGGACCUGAAUCCGAACCCGAAGUCGUGAUCCGAAUCAAGCAAGGAGAAGAUGAUCCCAAUGCCUUCUUGCCCUGA